CCCCGCACUAGCAACAUCAUAAAUCAUCACCACCAACAUUCUAAUCCCAUCACCUUCAGGAUAUGAAUUCCCACAAAUACCCUCACCAGUCACCACCUUCCACCUUUAGACGCUCUGCUCCUUCGUCCUCGUUCUCCUCAAUACUUUGUCGCGUUCUCCAUUUCCCACUUUAAACCCGAUUCAAUAUAAUUGAUUCAUUCGUUGACGCAUUUGUUCAUUCCACGCUUUAUUGUUGUGUUUCUCUGUUUCUUCACGUGAACGAGUUUGUUACCGAUUCCGACUCAGAGUUAACUCGCUGUGUCACUCACCAAUCACCAUGAGCCGAUUCAGGCGAUUUGAGCUCGUCGAAGAACAACCCUUCUGCUACUACUCUAACACCUUCUCAUCAUCAUCAUCACCACCAUCUCUGCCAUUGUUCUUCGCCGAAACUUCCUCCAUUGUGGUCCCAACCAGAACCCUAACCUUCCCUUCCUUCGUCGAAGACUCACUCUGCUUCGACCUCUUCGAAGACACCGUCGACUCCGUCGCCGAUCUGAUCGUCCCGCCGCACUCGGCGGCGCUCGCUCUGCGGCGAGUUAAGCACCGCGUCGAGAAGCAGCACGAGACCGAGCUGUUCCUUCAGAACCUGUCGGACCGAGUCUCCGAGUUGGAGUAUCGAUUCGAUCGGGUCCUAGCCGCGAAAAGAUGCGGCGGCGUCGGCGGUGUUGGAGAUCGGAAGUACACUUGGACGGCGGAGAUCAAGGGAGCGGAGAGGAACGGGUUUGACAGGAAGUACAAGUGGGUGGCGGAGAUCGUUGAGGAGGAGAAGAGGAAGGCGGCGGCGGCGAGGAACAUCAAAUGGACGGCUGAGAUUAAGGGAAAGGGAGAGGAGAGUGGGAACACGAGGAAGUACACGUUUGAAGUUGAAAGUGCUGAUGCUGAGAAGAAGAAGAAGAAUAAGGAAAAGGAGAAGGAGACUGAGCAUGAAAAGAAGAAGAAAGGGAGUGCAUUGCGCAUUGUGGAGAUUGAAGAACCCAGUGAUCACAGAACCCUCGUGUUGAGACAGAAGGCUGGGACCUCUAAUUAUAAUUCAAAUUCUAAGGCAUUUGCAAAGAGGUUUGGAGCUGUUCAAAAUAACAGAGGCAAAAGGAAGGAAUUAUCUCCACAAGAUGCUGCAAUGUUGAUCCAGAUCAGCUUUAGAACAUAUCUGAUCCGUAGAUCCAAAGCUUUACGUGCCCUUAGAGAACUUGCUGUUGCAAAAUCCAAGUUAAAGGAAAUCAGAGCUCAAUUCAAUAACUUUUCCUACCGUCGUCACUUGUCACGUGAUGCAGAGGAACGCCAGAGGUUUUCAGAGAAAAUCAUUGUCUUGCUCCUCACAGUCGAUGCCAUUGAGGGAAUUGAUCGGAUGGUGCGAUAUGCAAAGAGGUCGAUCGUGGAUGAGCUGGAAGCAAUGCUUGAUGUGGUAGAUCCCCAGCCUGGUGGAAGAUCACGCUCCUUUAGGAGGACAUUUGAUAUGCCUGAUGGAGUUAUCCGGAAGGAAAUUGAGGAAGGUGUUCGACAGGUCGUGCAAAUGCUUGACGAUGCAGAGAAUAGCAGCAGCACCUUUGAAGCAUGCCUGUGACAGUGAGAACAAGGAAACAGUAUUUGUGUUUAUGCCACGCGUUUAUGUCUGAUGGUGUCGUUUGUUUCUAGUUAUUUUAGCCUUCCAAGACCAAAAGUUGAGCUUUCAUCCAAUGUUUUCUUUUUUUUCUGUAUUGCUUGAACUUCUAGCACUCUAAUUUUAAUUUGCAUCUAUCUUCUUGUUUA